AUGUUAUUUUUAUUAUUUUUAUAAAUCGCUUAUGCAAAUCAAAACGAAGACUAUGUUCGCAUCAAUUCCACUAUUAGUGCCAAUAUUAGAUAUGGAUAAUUUAUACAAUUAAUUCCUAAUACCUUUGGAAUGGGAGAGAACAAUCAAUAUCCAAUUGUUGAUGGGACAGCAAUUAUUAAUUUGACCAUUAGUUCCCCAGCGAAGAAUGAAUUCGACUUUUUUGUCUUUGACUCUCCUUACAAUCAAUUUUACGUCUGCUACAUUCAUUUUUCAGAGAGAUCAGGGAAUAUAUGCUAGCAAUUAGUAUCCAAUAUUUGUCAACCUUGCCCCAAAAAUUAAUUUUACUUUUAAACUUUAGUCUCAGUAUUUCUCUAAGCUGUGAUGAGUGUUCAAUUAAAUUAUCAGACCAAAAUUUCAGAUGCUACAAAUAUGAACUCAUUAUGUUUUUUGGGAUGUCAAAGCGAUCAAGUAGGCUCAUUCAUUAUAGCUAAUACAUCUUAUAAAAACUAUUAGAAUGCAGCCUCAUAUAUGAUUUUAGACAAUACUCCUUUUCCCAACCUUGUUGAUUGUAAUAUUACAGUCAAAAAUUGUUAAAAUGCUAGUAGUGAAAUAGAAAAUCAGGUUGUGGAUGAAAGCUUUAAAAAUUUCUGCAAAAUUAUGAGAAAUAUAAGUUGUGUUUAAUAAUUCUAGAAUAUAACUGAACCUGAAAUCCAAUUUGAUAUAGAUUUCGAUAUCUAAAUAACUCCAAACAAUAAUCUGUAUUAUGUCUAAUAUAUGGUGAUGAUAAUUCUAGUAAUCAUAAUUAUUUUUCUGUUUAUCAUUCUAUGUGUUAUUGCAAUGAGAUAUAAACGAGUCAAAAAGAAAAUCUAUCAAACAAUUAAGAAAAAAAAGUGA